AUUUACUAUGCCGUACAAAGUUUCAACCCUUUUCUCUCUCACUUGAUGAGUCGCGUUGGGGUCGAAAUACGUUGCUUCUUGCUUCUCGGCGUCGUGCACAAAUCCUGACCAAAUCAAUCAAGGCAGGAGGAUUUAAAUGAAUUUACAAGCUCCAAUAGCAGGACAGUACUCAAGGCAGGUUUCCAAUCAAGGCGGAGCUUCAUUGCCUGCCAUCCCACAGCAACAGAAUAUGAUGCAGAACUCUGAAGGUGGUCCCCGUGCUCCAGUAACUAUGGAGCAAGCAAGGCAGUUUAUACGAGAUAGAAUCUAUAAGUUCCUCACGCAGCGACUAACUCGGGAAAUGCCUCCAAAGAAUUAUCUGGAUAUUGUUAGACGCUUGGAGGAAGGCCUGUUUAAAAGUGCUCAAUCAAAGGAGGAAUAUUUGAAUUUAGAUACAUUGGAAAACCGUUUGCAAGCUCUGCUCAAACGAAACUCAAUGAACAAUCAAAAUCAACGAUAUCAGCAACAAAGUAAUGCGAAUGCCUCAAUGGGAACAAUGAUUCCAACUCCUGGCUUCCCUCAAAACGGGAACUCAGGUAACAUGAUGUCAUCAGUUGUCAAUCAGGGAAGCUUUUCCAUGACUACCCCUGGGCCUUCUAGAAGCAUGCACACUGGUUCAUUUGAUGGUGGUUUAUCAGAUGGAUCUCAAUAGGCGAUGUCUAAUUUUUCAUUAACAGGUGGACAAAGAAUCGGCAGCCAAAUGAUGCCUACUCCUGGAUUAAAUAAUAGUAAUAACGGGUUGACGCUAACCCGCGCGUUGCGGCGGGAUAUCGAUUACGAAUGACUCUAGUAUAUGUAUAUGAGACUUGUGUGUCGAUUAAAUGUUUCUUUUCUUGUAGAAUAGGAUCUUCGCAAAUAAAUGUGGGCUAAUUGUACUAUUUUACCUGAAAGAGUUACAUAGACAUAA